UGGCGGUAUUCCGCGUGAGCGCCAAUCAAACGAAACCUAAAAAGAAGAAGAAAAGGCUUUCGACAGGACGCGGAAGUAAACAAUCUCCGGCUGACGUGGAGCCGUCCGAGAGUGGAACAAGUCGAUCGUAUUGGAAUUCUUUUUCAGUCACUUGACAUUUUGCGUCGUUGAACCCGACGCGAAGAAGCGAAGCGAAAGCCGAGCGAAUCGAAUCGAAUCGAGUCGCAGUCGCUCCCGUGCCGUUUUCCGCCAGCAGCAAAAUGGCGGACGCCAGCCGCCCGUUCGCCGGCCUGGCGUCGGUAUCCGUCCCGGAGGACACCCCCGUGGAGGGCGACAUCUCCGUGCCGGUGCACGCGACGUCGCCGGACGACGACGAACUCUCGACGCUGGACGAGCCGGUGAAGGAGACCAUCCUGAGGGACUUGCGCGCCGUGGCUAAGAAGUUCGUGCACGUCCUGUAUCCCAAGCAGAGUUCGGAGCUGCUGCGGGACUGGGACCUGUGGGGCCCGCUGCUGCUCUGCGUCACCCUGGCGCUGCUCCUCCAGGGCGGCGCGGCGCCCCGCUCCGGCGACCAAGGGGGGCCGCAGUUCGCCGAGGUGUUCAUCAUCGUGUGGUUCGGCUCCAUCGUCAUCACGCUCAACUCCAAGCUCCUGGGCGGCACCAUCUCCUUCUUCCAGAGUCUGUGCGUGCUGGGCUACUGCAUCCUGCCGCUGACGGCGGCCAUGGUGGUGUGCCGCCUGGUCCUGCUGGGCAACUUGGGCGGCGCGGGCUUCGCCGCGCGCCUGGCGGCGGUGGCGGCCUCCUUCGGCUGGUCCGCCUUCGCCUCGUCCGCCUUCCUGGCCGGCAGCCAGCCGCCCAACCGCAAGGGCCUGGCGGUCUACCCCGUCUUCCUCUUCUACUUUGUCAUCGGCUGGAUGAUCCUCACCUUCUCGCCGGCGGCGUAGAGAAAGGGGCGAAAGCUGAUUGUUUGUCACUCGCAAAAAGUUUGGAAUAUCGGACUUUCUUCGCUCUCGCCCAGUGACGCCCGCCCGCGUCACUCGCCGGGUCGGGGCCAUUUCACCCCGAAAGCCGAAAUGACAAAACUUUUUGUGAAGACAAACAUCCUCUGCCAGACAAAGUGGACUUGGGUUUGUUUCUUGAGCGGCAAACAAAAAGCUGCUGUUUCUCCUUCGCUCUCCUGUGUGUGGGUGUGCGUGGGUGUCGCCAAGACUUUUUUUCACCUCACGCUAGCUAACAAUUAAAACUUGAGUGCGUGUGUUCCAGAAAGCACAUCGGACAGCAGGUGAACACAAGGGCUAAGUUUGCAAUGAAAGCGCUUUAAGCGCCACAUGUUUGUGGGAUUGGAAACCCGUGUGGGGACGACAACGGUGUCUGUUUUGCUUGUUUUUCUUCUCUUGUCUACUAACGAAGCAUAGUUUUUGUUAGAUUAAAACAAACCUGGACAUGUGAUGUCA